CAUGGCAAGACUUAUCGUUACCUUCCUGUGCGUGGUGGCAUCAGUCCUUGCUGUGUCCAACGCCCUGCUCCUGACCCCCGACUGUCCCGUCCCUUACCCCUGUCAGUGUGACGUCAGCAUACACUGUGAGCAACGCGGUCUCACCUCCAUCCCUUCUCCGUCUCCCAGCACACACAUUUUUUACGCCCUAUACCUCAACGGCAAUGGAAUUACAGCUGUUUCCAGCAACUCCUUUCAGAACUACAAAGCAACUGUCAUUGACCUUAGCCACAAUCCCAUAGUGAACUUUGACCCCAACGCCUUUUUGGGAAUGGAAGAUUCCCUGCUGGAACUCAAUCUUGAAGAUACUCAGAUAAAGUCAAUACCUACAUCAAUUUCAACUUUGAAGAAGCUUCGGAAAUUGAAUAUUCGAAACAACCCUAUCACCUUCUUAUCACGAUCCUUAACGAGCGGAAUCGGACAAUCUUUGCGGAGUUUCUUCUUUUCGAGCACGAAAAUCCGUUACUGGCCAGACGCCCUCGACUCCCUGGUUCACCUAGAGGAACUAGAUGCCUCUAACAAUAAAGUGGUGUACAUCAGAGAUGGUGCCAUGGACGCCUUCUCCAACUCUCUCAGGACGCUGAAAUUGUCCAACAGCAGUUUGGCCAGCUUCCAGGCACCAAUCGCUGACCUCACGGCUUUACAGGUUUUAGACUUAUCCAACAACAGCAUUUCUACCAUCUCCAAGGGUUCAUUUGCGAGGUUUGCUUCAACCCUUCGCGAGUUUUCUUUGUCUGGAGGGAGUCUCUCGUACAUACCGAGCGCUCUUGAGGAUCUCACGUCUCUUCAGGAGCUGAACCUCAACAACAAUCCAAUGGUGUCAACCAAUGAUGACGUCACAGACGCCGGCACCAGCUCUCUACUGACCAAAAGCGCCAGUACCUUGACCACCCUGCAACUUGCAUCGUCCAUGCUUAUGGCUGUCCCACGCGCCCUGAAGGCAUUGCACAGCCUCGUGACCCUUGACUUGAGCAAAAACCGUAUCAAUACUUUGCAAAACUAUCAGUUUGAUUCAAUGAGCAAACUGAAAACUCUUGAGCUGAAUGGGAACCCGCUCAAAACUAUAACGUCCAUGACCUUCUCAGGGCUAAGCUCCCUGACCAAACUUGAUUUGUCUAACGGCCAACUUCCCUAUGUACCCAGCUCAUCACUGUCAGCUAUGAGUUCUCUCCUCUCGUUGGACCUGUCGAACAACCAAAUCACAACCAUCCUGCCCUAUGCCUUCGAGAACUCCCAUAAGUUGACCAACCUUGAUUUGUCUGGAAACAACUUUCAGGACUUCCAGCGAGACUCUUUCGCCAAUGCCCACAGCAUAAAGACUCUCAGAAUGAGCAGAUGUUCCCUGAAGACUCUGCCUGGCGCCAUCACAGAAGCCCAUGGACUUCGCUCUGUGUACGUAGAUGGCAACACCAUACCCUGUACGUGCGCCUCUCUGAGCUGGGUGGGUGAGUGGAAAGCCAGAGUUGGCCUUAUCCCUCGCCUCUACGGCACAUGCAGCUCCGACCCUGGACUCACUCUUGACCAGUACAUCAAUGGACAACAGAUAAAGCAAUGUCCAAGCGCUACAUCAGAUAAGAUCGUUGGAUGAUCAAUCCAAGAAUUCUAGUGUUUCGUCUUUCUGAAAGAAAGAUAGCAUUAUGUGAAAAGUAGAAAAAGAAAGAAGAAACCAAAAAAAAAAAAAAAAAGCAACAGCAGAAAUAUUAUUUUAAACACUGGUGCACAGUUGAAAUAAAAUCCGUGAAAUGA